AUGGAUCGUAAAAAAAAAUCUGGCUGGGAAUUUAGAAAAAAGCGACUAGCUCAGGAGAAAGAGCUGCAGAAAUAUAGUCCUAUAAGCUCGUUUUUGACUAAACCUGAAACAAUAUCCAAAAAUAUCCCCAAAACUGUUCUUGAACCUACUUCGAGUUCCGACCGAAUCAAAAAUAUUAUGACAUCGGAACCGUCAUCUGUUGAUUCCGAGUGCUGUAAUUCAUUAGCAGUUAUAGAGAACAUUAUUUCUGAUGCUGAAUCUGAUACAAAUAUAGAGCCAUCCUCGAAACAUCGUAAGAUUUGUGAUAAUUCACAUGCCCGAGAUGAUCACGAUGUAUCUGUUUUUGAAAAAAUUUAUGCUGAUCCGUCAACUUGGUCAUCUCUUACUGAUCAAAAAACGCGAGAGCUUAUUGUUCGUAAGGGCCCGACGCAAAUAAGAAAUAUAGAUUUUCCAGUCCAUAAUGGAAGACGUUUUUCACCCGACUAUUAUGCGAGGAGUCUCAAUAACGGUGAACUAGUAACAAGACCCUGGUUAAUCUAUUCGAAGCCGCAUAAUGCCGUCUUCUGUUUCUGUUGCGUUUUAUUUCCUAACCGAAAAUCAGCGGAACAUGGUUGGCCAAAGACCGGAUCUUCGGAUUGGGUUCAUUUGUCACGAAAUCUUUCAAUUCAUGAAAAGUCUGCCUCGCACGCAGCUGCAUUUAAAGAAUGGAAAGAAUUCGAUCUUCGCUUGCUCUCCAAUCGCACGAUUGAUGCUGAAAAUCAGCGUGCUAUAGAUCGUGAAAUUACACAUUGGCGUAGUGUUUUAGAGAGGAUCGUAAGCAUAAUACAGUUCUUAUCUAGUCAGUCACUUGCCUUCCGUGGUGCCUCUGAGAAGCUAUACGAACACAACAAUGGUAACUUCCUUAAACUCAUAGAGUUAUUCGCAAAAUUUGAUCCAGUUAUGGCGAAACAUAUUUCAUGCAUAAUUAAUAAAGAUACACGGCCCUAUUAUUUGAGUAACGUAAUUCAGAACGAAAUUAUCUCAUUGAUCUCCAACAAAAUAAGAAAUGUUUUGUUGAACCUAAUAAAGUCGGCGAAAUACUAUUCAAUUAUCCUAGAUUGUACCCCUGAUAUAAGUCACGUCGAACAGAUGUCAAUCAUUAUUAGAUUCGUGGCAAAACAAGAAAAUUCAAAUGAAUUCGAAGUCCGCGAGCAUUUCCUGGGUUUUCUUCCAGUGUACGAUUCCUUUGGAGAGGGCCUCACUACUACAAUUUUUGAAGAACUUGCAAAAUUAGAUAUUCCAAUCGAAAAUAUGCGUGGUCAGGGGUAUGAUAACGGCGCUAACAUGAAAGGAAAACGAGCAGGUGUACAAAACAGAAUCUUGUCAGUGAAUCCACGAGCCUUCUUCGUACCAUGUUCGGCCCAUACCUUGAAUCUAGUAGUGAAUGAUGCUGCUUCUGCUUCCGGAGAAAGUUGGGGAUUUUUCCAGGCUGUCCAAAAGAUCUAUACAUUUUUUUCUAGCUCAACGUACAGGUGGGAUGUUUUAAAAAAAUACGUUACAUCUCUCACAGUAAAGUCUGUCAGUGAUACUCGUUGGGAGAGUCGAAUCGAGGCAGUUAAACCAUUGAGGUAUCAGUUGGGAGAAAUUUACGACGCCCUACUGGAAAUUUCGAAUGAUAAGAAAAAAGACCAUGUGACGCAGCAUGAGGCAAGAUCCUUAGCCAUUUCGAUUGCUGAUUUUCGCUUUAUUUGUAGUGUUGUUAUUUGGUACGACAUCUUGAGUAAGGUCAAUGUCGUUUCAAAAAUGCUGCAGAAUCCAAAAUUGAAUCUUCUGGAAUGUAGGAGUAUGUUGCGUGAAACUGUUGCGUUCUUCAAUCAAUACCGAAGCGAAGGAGGAUUCGCUACUGUAUUGCAAGAAGCAACUGGAAUUGCAUCUGAGGUUGAAGUUGAGCCAAUUGUCCGUGCUAACGCGAUAGCUCGUAUACGACGUAAGAAACGUACGUCCGAUUACGAAUGUGAAGAUGAACCCAUUUCUGACCCGAAGGAUCGCUUCAAGGUUGACUUCUUUUAUUUCAUCAUCGAUACGGCAAUCAAUUCAACUACAGAACGAUUCCAGCUUUUGGAAUCGCACUGCUCCAUGUUUGAAUUUCUGUAUGACAUCUACAGUUCAAAAGGAAGAGCUAAAGAGGAAAUUAUGAAAAGUUGUAAAGACUUGCAUAUAGCCUUGACUCACAGCGAAAGUAUGGACACUGAUGCAAUUGAACUUUGCGAUGAGCUGAUAAACUUAGCUACGCUAUUGUCGUCGAGUCAAACUCCAAUUCAAUGUAUCAAUUAUAUCGUCAAGGCCGACUUAGAAUCUCUUUUUCCAAACGUAUUAGUUGUCUUACGUAUUUUAAUGACGUUGCCUGUAUCUGUUGCAUCAGGAGAACGCAGUUUUUCGAAGCUCAAAAUUAUCAAAAACUAUUUGAGGUCAACGAUGAGUCAAGAGCGUUUGGUUGGCUUGGCCACUAUUUCUAUUGAAUCCGAGUUGAGCGCAUCUAUUAAAUAUAAUGAAUUAAUCGAUGAAUUCGCGAGAGUGAAAGCUCGAAAGGUGCCUUUCUUGUAAAUCAUUGAUGUAAUAUAUUCCGCGCAAAAAAGUGGUUUGGAGUCGAUAAAUACCGAAGAACUGACGCACUACGGGGUCCACUUUCUUUGUUCUGAUAUUUUUUUGAUUUUCGUUCUAAAUAACUAGUUACAAUAUGUAAUGGU